AUGGCAUCUGUGUUCACAUACGAUCCUGAUCCUCCGCGGGUCUCAUCUCCGUGGUCCACAUCAGGGUCCUCAACCCCUCAAGUUGCAGCUACUGGCAACCGCACGGUGCCUCGAGCACGUUCAAGUACGAACUUGGACCGCGCGGACCCUGAUCUACUCUCUGAUUAUGGGAUCACCAAAUUGGACCCUGAACCCCAAGAGGGGCCCACAGAGUACAAACUCCAUUUGCUUCUACGCCCUCGCCGGCCCUAUGUCUCCAUGUCAACUAGCAACCUCGUGGGAGGCUCAUAUCACUCCCGAGCAAGCUUGUCAGCGGAUAGCCCCAUGCCGUCGAGCUACGAGUCGAACCCGAGACCGCAGCAGACUCGCUCGACUGAAAGCCGCCAGCAAAGGCUGCAGCAUCUCACCACGCAGCUCCUGUGGCGCUUGCAGCAGUCGUCGCCCUUUCAUUCGUCUACGACUGCAAAUCUUGUGCUGCCAGUACUUCCAGAAGCAACAUCUCAGCUAGGAGCGGCACAUAAACCUGCUCGCUUACUUCCUGGCCUAGAGGAGAGCCAAGGCGCUCUGUAUGAGGUUGGUGUUGCUGAUGAUGGGACGUUUGUUGGACUCACUCAAGAUGAGCUGGAGGAGAGCUUGUCUACUUUGCAGGUUAUGGCAGCCAGCUUGGGCUGCAAGGUUGAUGUCCUUCGCAGAGUGAAUGUUGGCAGUUGUGAAUGGGCCGAAGAUCCAUACUCCGAGAACAUGGAUACUGGCAAGGUCCAUGCUGAAUGCCUUUGGGUUGCAGAAGCGUUAGUAAGCCCUGACUGGGACUUCUAUCGCGUCAAGUCUCCUGGUGAAGGCCAGACGCAUGACAAUUCAUCUUCCGACAAUGCGAAGAGAGAAGACUCGCUAGGCAGCUCUUCCGGUACUGAGCAGAUCCGUGUCUCCAUUGCCGGCCCUAGUGCAGCCGGCAAGUCUUCUCUAUUGGGUACUCUAACCUCGUCCGUACUCGAUAAUGGGAGGGGAACAAGCAGACUAGGUCUGUUGAAACAUCGACACGAAAUAUCGUCAGGAAUCACCAGCUCCGUUGCUCAUGAAUUGAUUGGAUACGCUGCAGAUGAAUCUCAGGCACAAACUGCUGAAGUGAUCAACUAUGCCUGUGGCAACAUUGCAGCUUGGGAUGAUAUUCACGCUGCUUCGGAGGGUGGACGUCUAGCUUUUGUCUCCGAUCUACCAGGCUCAGUACGCUAUCUGAAGUCCACGUUACGAGGAAUGAUCGGUUGGGCUCCUCAUUAUGUACUUUUGUGCAUCCCGGCAACUUGCGACGACGAGGCUCCUGCGGAGUCUGGCCAAUCUGCUGAACAGCCUGCAGACAUGACACUAGCACUGUCACACCUGGAACUCUGUGCUAAGAUGGAGAUUCCCACUGUUGUUGUAAUUACCAAAAUGGACGUGGCAUCCCGCUCAGGCCUGCGGAAUAAUCUUGCUAAAGUCCUAUCGGCUCUCAAGUCAUCUGGCAAGAAGCCAGCCAUGAUGUCCGUUCCAACCGCCCAGACAGUGGACCUACAGCGUACAGGGUCGAAGGAUGUAGAAGAGGUGCGGAAGUUGAUUUCCACUACAGAAAGCUGGGAAUCGACCGUGCCAAUCGUGCUUACAAGUGCGGUGGAUGGCUCAGGCAUAGGUAAACUUCAUGCGCUCCUCCGAUACCUCCCCAUUCCUGCGAGGCCGCCAUCACGGGACGUCUUGUUGCCCAAGACACUAGCUACUCACACUCACCCUGAAGAUGUUUUUGAUGUCGACGAAGUCUUCGCUAUUCCUCCCUCCAAGGUAUACUCAGUAGCUGCGGAGCAAGAAAAGAAAGAAGCGCACGGCGUGGUUCUCUGUGGUCUGGUUCGCUACGGAUCUAUUUCGGCAGGAGACGAGCUACUCGUCGGACCUCUUAUGUCUAACACAUCUGACCCGGGCAAUUGCUUACAGAGGCAGAGGAGUCGAUCGGGAAAACGGCCGGACAGCAUUCAGCAUUCUAGCACGAAUCGGAGCAGACCCGCUUCUGGGGACUUCUCGACCUCGUUUAUACAUGGCUCUUUCCCUGGGAAACCUUCUCUUCCAACCCAAGCAUACUGGCAACGUGUCCGCGCAGUCAGUGUACGGAAUUUGCGACUCCCAAUUCAAAAAUUGACGCAAGACCAAGUCGGGACGAUCGGGAUAGAGCCGAUAUCCUUGACUGCGAAUGGGCAGAUGCCACGACUGGGGAAGAUACGGAAAGGCUCCAUCCUGCUCAGAUUGUCGGCGUCGUCUGCGUCUAUACCAAGGGCCCUUCUCUUUCACACUGGCUUCGUAGCAAGCUUUCCGUCUAGCGAGUUCGCGUCUCCUCUAUCCCCACCGGUACUGCUGGGUGGUAAUGCCACAGUCUAUGUGGCCAAUGUUCGCACGACAGUGAAGUUGUCAUGCAUGGCUCUUGCGGAAGAUGAGGUUAUCUCCAGACCACCGUCACCGACCGAACCGGAGUUCUUCAACUUCGAUGGCGACACUUCAGGCUAUGAACGGGGUCGCGAACCAGGGGUACAAGAUAUGGUACAGUCUUCUAGCAAUCCAGGACAAGGCGAUAUCAAAAUUACAUUCGAAUUUGUAUCGUCAGUUGAAUGGAUCGAAGUUGGAUCGAGGGUUCUUCUGAUGCCCGGAACAUCGACAGCCCUGGUGUCUGCGCAGGGGUCCAGCCAGACCUCGGGGCUCGAAGGCUUCCUUGGUCGGGUCUGCGAUGUUCUUUGUCUUGAAAAUACUACUAGUAUAUGA